AUGUCUGUAGAUCAAGGAAACGGGGAGGCAACAAUAAGAUGUUGGAGCAUUUGGAGCAUGCGGUCUAGACAACCUUGGGAGCUUCUCCGCACUGACGACUUGGGCGGAUCCAGGCGUCCGGGGGUGCACGGCGUUCUCACCGUAAUGGGGAGAACCAAGGGGAAAAGAGAGAGAGAGCGAGAGAGGGAGAGGGAAGAGAGAGACAGGCGUUAUGGUACUGAAAGUCAGUCAGUUCAGUCAAGCGUACGGGCGCAGAAGGUCUGUGACGCACACCCGGUGACUCGGUGGUUUGAAAGGAAGCAGGUCAAGUGCGAGCGGUCAGUCAGUCAGGCUGACGGUCUAAUCAGUAAGGGAGGGAGUCUUCCACUUGAUGGAGGGAAUGCUCUUAUUAUGGUGCAGGAGAUUAAAACGGGCGAUUCGAAGGCGGUCAAGCCGCAAGCUGCGGCUGCAGUUCUGUAUGAACCAGCGUGGCUGGCUGCCAACUGGCACGGGGGCCUGCCAGGCAGUCGUAAUUACCCCGUUAGAUGCGUGGGGGGGCUCUUGUCAUCUGGAACGGUACUACUAAAUUCAGACUAUCCCCUAAUAGCUCAACUGACAGUCAACUUGGGAUGUCUGCGACGCAGACCGACGAAAUGGGGGUGGAUCGCAGAGCGCAGACAGCCUCCGAGCACCGAGAGCAUGGACCACACACCCCCAAGUGUUAGGUGGAGAGCAGACGCCAGUUGCCCGGUCUACAAGGCACUGUACCUUAGCCUGUAGCUAUACCUUUCAGCUCGAGCCAAUGCAAUCUAGCCUACUGUACAACACACUGCCGGCAUGAUGCACCGGAACUGCGAGGUUUGCAGCCUAGGCGGCUGGCUAAGACCCCUUAGACAACCUAGACUCCUAACUCAUCGCAGACCCCGAAUCGGGGAAAAAUGAUAGGUGAUGCAUCAUCCCCAGGAAAAUCGUGGGACUCUAUCGGGGAAAAAAAUAGUAUGUUUAAAUUUGGAAGUAAAGCAAGCAAGCAAGCCAAUGGGCAUCGGCUCUGGCGCAUCUCUCAAAAGACUUGGAUGUGGUUGUUUGGAGCCAGUUGGUG